CUCUCUGCACCAGGCCCCGUAGACCCCCCCCCCCGAGUCUGACUGAGCAAAGAGGCACCUUUUAAGUGGUGGCAGGCAGGGGGAGAGCGGCCGGCCCUCUCCAGCCCCAGCACAGCAUCCCUCCCGUGGUGCCCGUUGCCGGCCUCUGAGCCAGGAGCCCUUUGGGGACCCUCUUCUUUAUUUAUGCUUUAUUUUCCUGUGUAAACGCUUUGAGAGCUUGGUUUGGACGCAGAUCGCAGCGAUGGAGGAAGUAGAGCAGCGGCACCAGCACUGAUCCUGCAGUCAGGACCCAAGAGAUGUCCAGUGGAGAUGCCAGCCUGGAGCUGGACCAGGAAAAAUACGAUGCUGAUGAGAACGUGAAAAUUAUCUGCUUGGGCGACAGCGCGGUGGGGAAGUCCAAGUUAAUGGAACGGUUUCUCCUGGAUGGAUUCCAGCCUCAGCAGCUGUCCACCUUUGCCCUCACGCUCUACAAGCACACGGCCACCGUGGAGGGCAAGACGGUCCUCGUAGACUUCUGGGACACGGCUGGGCAGGAGCGCUUCCAGAGCAUGCACGCCUCCUACUAUCACAAAGCCCACGCUUGCAUCAUGGUCUUUGAUGUUCAGAGGAAGAUCACCUACAAGAACCUGAGCAACUGGUACAAGGAGCUGCGUGACUUCCGCCCCCAGAUCCCCUGUAUUGUGGUUGCCAACAAAAUUGACGCGGACAUGAAGGUGACUCAGAAAAGCUUCAACUUUGCCCAGAAGUUCAACCUGCCUUUCUAUUUUGUGUCGGCUGCAGACGGCACCAACGUGGUGAAGGUCUUUAAUGACGCCAUCAAACUGGCAGUUGCCUAUAAACAGAACUCGGGGGACUUUAUGGAUGAUGUCCUGAAGGAACUGGAAAAGUUCGAGCUGGAGAAGAAGGGAGAGGACUCCGCCGACAAAGAGGAGAACGGCCCCAAGGAAAUGCCCCCCUCGGCCUGAGCCUGGCCCCACUCCCCCGCAUUGCAAGAGGCUGGCAGGCGGGCAUCCUCUCCCCAAAGGCACCUGGCAGCCCUCCUGGAGAAAGUCACCCAGCGAAGACCAGCGCCGGUGCUCCAGGUAGUCGUGGCGUGGACCGACCGCUGAGGAGACACCUGUAGCAGCCGCCUCCCCUCGAGGGCCGUGGUGGGGGCUGGCCUCCCGGGGGCUCCCAGGCUGCUCCGUGAGGGCCCGGUUGGGGUCCCAAGCAGCUGAGGAUGGCACCCCCCUUCAGAAAUAAACACCCAAGGACUUGUGGCAAAAUGCUGGCAUUUCUCUUGUACUUGCCCCAAGAGAGCAAAAAGGCUCUGGUUGAGUUACUCAGCGCCCUGCUGGAUCUGACCCAGAGGGCUCUGUCUAGUCCCACCUCUGGCUGCUAGGCAGGAGCCCCUUGCUGCCUGGUGCCUCUCCAGCAUCGGGCUCCUAUGAAGAGCCCCCGAUUGGCAGCUGGAUUUCAGAGGCAUGUAAGCGAAUCUAGGGGUGCUCAGGCUUGGGUCCCCAGAUGUGGUUGGCCUCUGGCCAUUGUGGCUGGGGACGGACGAGGGGAGUGGCAGCAGAGGCUGUGCAUUUUCUAAGCUGUGUUGUCGUUGCUGUGAGCUGGACGUUGUCUUUCUUCAGAUUGUAAACCGCCCCGUUGGGCAGUAUGCACAUCUAAAUAAAUAAAUGGAUAGUCCAACGACA